UAUUUUCUUUAUAAGCGGGCACUCUGGGCCCGAAAUGGCAGUGUCGUGUUGCCUCGCUGCGGCCGCAGAAUGGAAGCCUGCAGGUGUCCCCUCAGUUACCUGAUCUCUUUCCUCCUUUUCCUGUUUCAUUCAGAGACAGCCUGCCAUCCCUUGAGGAAGAGACCUUGCAGGAUGCAAGUCUUCAGAAUCUGGGAUAUUAACCAGAAAACCUUCUACCUGAGGAAUAACCAACUCGUUGCUGGUUACUUGCAAGGAUCAAAUACUAAAUUGGAAGAGAAGUUAGACGUGGUGCCCAUCGAGCCUCAUGCCGUGUUCCUGGGAAUCCAUGGGGGGAAGCUGUGCCUGUCCUGUGUCAAGUCUGGCGAUGAGACCAGGCUCCAGCUGGAGGCGGUUAACAUCACUGACCUGAGUAGGAACAAGGAUCAGGACAAGCGCUUCACCUUCAUCCUCUCGGACAGCGGCCCCACCACCAGCUUCGAGUCGGCCGCCUGCCCUGGCUGGUUCCUCUGCACAGCACUCGAGGCCGACCGGCCCGUCAGCCUCACCAACACACCCAAAGAGGACUGGAUGGUCACCAAGUUCUACUUCCAGAAGGACUAGUAGUGUGUCCACGCCGCACUUGCCCACGCCCAGCACCUCGAUGACUCCAGAGACGCCUCUCCACCCUACCCGGGGCCUCCUGGCUGUCAUGGGGGCUCAGAGGAGCAGCCUCGGUGGGGCAGACCCUCGGAAGGAUGGACGAGAGCCCCCGCGACAGGACUCUGUCGCCAGCCUCCUCAGCUAAGCCUCUCGAUGCUGCGCCCACUGUGGGCUUUCUAGCGUGCAGCUCCGGCCACAGCACUGCUCCAGGCCUCCAGCGCUGCCUGCGCCUCCCGGACGAAAGCCUGGCGGCUCAGCCAACCUGGCCCUCUGCUCUCCUCCGCCUGACUCCUCGUCCUCCUCCCUCGGCCCCCGUGCGUGUCCCGGCUCCCUCACAACGCUCGCUGGCCUCCCAAGCCUUGUUUCGCAAACUGAUGCUGUUCUGUGGGGAAAACUUGUAGAGUCUGUGCCACAUGGAAGAGAGGGAUUUCAUUGCUCUUUUAAGCCAACUUCAUCCAGUGUGAAGGAGAGCCCUUUGAGACUGUGUCCUUUCUGGAAAGGGGGUGGGGGAGGGUGAAAGUAGCUCUCCCUGUUGAUUUCCCUGUCUUAUUUUUGUAAUGCCCUAACCUGCAAAAAUGAGAAGUUAGUGUGUUAUGUUUUUUUCUUUCUGUAAUGUUCCUAAAGUCUGGACCCUACUGCUCAGGCCCGGCACCAUCUCCACUCCAGACCUCGUACAGCCGCCGCCGAGUUUUUCUUCCCCCAGCCCACCCAUCAAAGCUCCCAGCUCCCAGGGCGCAGCACAACUGUGGCUCCCCUGGGGUUCUUCCUGGGUCUCCUGGGAGGGAGGAAUGGCUCCUGGGCCAUCUUAGCACUUCGGACACUCUGAGACUUGCUUGAAAGAUGGUUGUGCCUCUGUCUGUCUCCCGCCCCAGACUGUGAGCUCCUGAGAACAGGGAGCGUGACCUGGGUGUGUUUUGGGCCCAGCCCUCAGAUGUGCUCAGUGAACGUGUGUUGUACGUGUUGAGUAGAAAGUUUCCUACUCCCUGUGACUGAAGCUCUGUUUUAUAAUAAAAUCUUGAAAACUCA